GCCCCAUUGGUUCAAAAAAGGGAAGAAUGUUUCUUACUAAUGGGUCGAAAGAACUCAAGUUCUCUGCGUUUCCUUUUCUUUGCUUGUUGCAGUCUUCAUUUCCGUCAACAUUUCUAUCUGAUGCAAAUUCUACCCGACAGUUCUGUUGGUUCUCUCUGGUGUACAUUAACAACAGCAGAAUUCAAUGCUGUUUGAUCAGGCAGCAUGAAGACUUGAUCGUCACGUUUCAGCAUGUUGCGGAAGAGCGCGCGCCGGCUCGAGUAGAGGCCACGCCUCUUUGGCCCGUCAUCCUUCACCCACGUGAUAUAAUCUCUCAACUCGGUGAUUUCUUAGAAGGAAGGGGAUAGAAAACAAGGAAUUCUCUAGAUUUCAUCCGAUAAUCACGAUGUGUAUUUUGCUCUCGUGCAAGACCAAAGCCUACAUUUUGUGAUUGAGGCACAUUGGUACAACAUCAUCAUGGAUUCAGCAGGCAUGAGUACUGAGUCUGGCACGAAUGCAUCCGAUAGUACUAAGGAACUGCGAAGUAUUGCUGGAAUUGUCGUACCAGCUUUGCUGCUUGUACUGAUUCUCUUACUGUCUCUGUUUGGCAAUGUCGCUGUCAUUUUUGCGAUUCUGAAGACUCCCUCUUUGAGAGAGAAAACCUGCAACAUCUUUCUGAUCAACCUAAGCCUGACGGAUCUGAUGAACGCCACUUUGGUGAUGUUCAGUGCUUUGGUGUCUCUGAUAGCAGACCGGUGGCCGUUUGGGAUGUAUUGGUGCUACGCCCAAUGUGCCUUCAACUACUGGUUUAUCAUCGUAUCCAUGCUGACUCUUGCUAUGAUCAGCAUUGAUGGAUACUUCGCUGUCGUACACCCGUUGCGUUACAUAAACAUAAUCACGCCAAAAGUGACCAAAAUCGGCAUCUGCUACGCGUGGUGCCAGGGGUGCGUGUUUGCGCUGAUUCCAGCCAUCUACGGCUGGGUCGUCUACGAUUACUGGGAGGUGGUGUGCGCCAUCGAUUGGGACAGCUACAGUCAGGACGGGGCGCUGACCUACGUCAUCGUGGCGUUUGUCGCCUGCUUUCUCGCCCCGACCUGUGUCGUGGUGUUCUGCUACCUCAGGAUUUGGCGCGCGGUGAGGAGGAGUGCGGCGAGUGUUCCCGAGGUCUGCCGAAGUGCCGAUCGGAAGAAGCAGGACGCGAGAGUCAUUUACAGCCUGGCCGUGGUGAUCGUGGUGUAUUUCAUCUGCAUGGGCCCGUUCUGCAUCACCAAAGUCUGGAAGAUCUGCCUCGGCACGAGCUCGCUGCCCGAUUAUCUCAACCUGAGCGCCUCGUGGUUUGCCUACGUGGGCAACGCCACCAAUCCCUUCAUCUACGGCAUCUUCCGCUCUGACUUCCGCCGAGCCUUCGUGAAUUUAAUCUGCCGUAAAGAACGGAUUCACCCGUCCCCCACUCGAAGUAUGGCCCAUCAAGGGGCGUGUCUAAGUCAGCUGUCUGUGGGAGGAGUAAGACUUACACCGGUGUAGUGUGAAAAUUCGAUUUAAUGAAAACGGAACCUGUUAUUUCCGCAUGUCUCACAAUCAUGCACAGUAUCCGCAGAGAACACAAUUAUUAUGAGGGUUACAUGUUAUAAAGGAGUCUAUGUCUGAGAAUAUUCCAACUUUAAAUCGCCAUGAUCAGUCUUUGCACUGCAGUUUCUCAAACAUUAUGUCAUUAAUUAUUAAUACCAC